UAUAUUAAUCACACAACAUGGCUAAAAAGAAGGGGCGGAAGGGCAAGAAGGGCAAGAAGACCAAGGUCGACUGCAAGUUCAAGAUCUUGGAUGAGAUGCUCAAGCCAAUGAAUGAGCCUGUUGAUGAUUGCGAUGGCUGUUGCCAAUGCGCCUGUGAUUGUGACUGCAGUCCGGAGAUAGCUCCUUGUUUUAUCCAACCCACAAGGCCGGAUCCGGGUCCGGAGGCCUACGAUGAGUUCGAGGCCUGCUUAAAUGGCAGUGGAUUGACUAUAAGAGUCCUGAAGAACACCCACAAGGUGGAGAGCGUCCAGGACGGAAAUGAAGGCAACCUUGGUGCAGACGAUGAUCCCUGCUAUCGCCAGGAUCCUAACGAUUGCGAACCGAAGCAGGAGUCCUGCCUGCACGAGAUGAUGCAGCGCAGCUCCUUUGCCAGGAAUCACAUCAAGCGCAGAACCGGCGGCAGGAUCGUCAAUCACCCGAACAUUCCGAAGGUGCGGGCCAACAUCAAGUACUCGGGCAACGAUGCCUGCGAGACGGACAACUACUACGUGCCCUUCUCGAAGAUCAAGGAGGCCUGUGACCUCCAGGAGGCCAAGGUCGACUGCUAUCGCCAGCGGCUGUGCGGCGGAACCGAUCGCAUCGUGCCCGCCCAGUGCCCCGCCCAGAAUCAGCGAUCCUGCUGCAUGCAGGUCGAGGGCAAGGACAUCAUGCAGACCAUGAAGGGGGUCAAUCUGGACACCAGGCGCAAGGGCAUCGAGGUAUGCUACAAAACUUGCGAGGAGACGGAUAGCGAUGUGUUCCUGGUGAAACUGGGGAGUAAGGCCAAAUCGCAACACAAGAAGAACACCAUCGAGAUCGAGUUGAGGACUCCUAAGCAACCCGUAACCUUGCCGGUUAGUAAGGUCACUACGGAGACCUAUGUUUCCGAGGAAAUGCUGGCGGGGGGUAAGAAAAAGAAAAAGAAAAAGGGCAAAAAGGGAAAAGGCAAAAAAGGAAAGGCCAAGAAGAAGUAGAUGAUCCUUAGGCGCAUCCUUAACCAUCAAUGAAUUCAAAACAAAGAAACGAUCCCUAAGAAAAUCCUAAGUCAUCAAAUAUCAUAAAGCUUGUUCAUCAACGAUCAUAAGGCGAAUUCUUAACCAUCAACGAUCUAAAGCGAGCUAUAAACCACCAACGAUACUAAGCAGAAUCCUAAAUCAUAAACUAUCAACGAUUUUGAGGCGAAUCCCAAUCCAUCAACCAUCCAAACCCGAUUUUUACACUAGAAUCCGGACAAGUUGCACACCAUUCUUGGACCCAUCCACUGGCUUUUUCAUGUAGUAACCAUUUCAUAUCAAGUAAAUGUAAAGUUUGGAAUCCGCGAAAUAAAUAGCUAAAAUUCAAAAUUGUAAAA